ACCUCAUGGAAGUCGUGAACAGAUUAGCGGUCUUUCCAACAUCCAGCUCGCAAUUGAAUGUAAAAUGCCGCUUGACCUGCGCACGCAGGGGUCGCGAUUUACUCGAGAAGAAGGUCGAUGGUCUUUCGAUUCGUUUUCGCGCAAUUCUAUCACGUUUGCUCGAAACCAAGCCGCAGCUCGGCGAAGUCAUGAGAAACGCGGUCUUCUCGCUGGCCCAAGUUAAUUACGUGACAGGUGGUAUAAACGACCUGGUAUUACAGACGGUCGACACGGCUAGCACGAAAAUUCAAUCCCGUCAGGAAAUCAUCGGUGGAGUUCGAUUGCGGACUUAUGAGCCCCUCUAUGCCGGUUCUGAUGCCUUUGAACUCGCUGGUCUGGCCAGAGGCGGUCAACAAGUGACUAAACUAAAGAAGAAUUAUGGCAAGGCGAUCGAGCUGCUUAUGGAACUGGCGUCAUUGCAACACAAUUUCCAGGUCCUCGAUCAAGUGAUUAAGACAACUAAACGUCGCGUGAAUGCUCUUCGACACAUUGUCAUACCUCGAUUAGAACGGACUCUCGCGUACGUAGCUACCGAGCUCGACGAGUACGAACGAGAAGAAUUUUAUCGGCUCAAAAAAGUGCGAGAACAAAAACUGAAGCGAAGUAAGAUGAUUUCACUUGACCGCGCGACACAAGAUACAAAUUCUAUCUUCGAUAACGCAGACGAAGAUCUUCUCUUUUAACAACAUCGCAGAACACGCGAUAACACGUCAAAAGAACGCAAUACAGCCUCAAGUAAAUACAAGCUUUCAAUUUUAAUCGAUCGCAUAAAUUCUUUAUAAAGA